GCUGCGCCCGGCGGCGACCGAGGUGCAGGUGUUGCCGCCCGCGCCCUCUUCCCGCUCCGCGCCCCGCUGCCCGCCCCGCCCGCAGAUGCAGGCCGUCGCCCUCCCCGAGGAGAUCCGGUGGCUCCUGGAAGACGCCGAAGAUUUCUUGGCCGAAGGGUUGCGGAACGAGGACCUCAGCACUUCUGCGAGGGAUCACAGGGCCCAUAUUCUCCGGGGCUUCCAGCAGAUCAGAACUAGGUACUAUUGGGAUGUUCAGCCGCAAGGAGGAGAGCCUGGACAAGACAGCUCCGAUGACAAUUACAGCGGCACUCAUGGCCCGUCUUUCACGUCAGAUGCCCCCCUGUUGGCAGAUUAUCAGGAUAGGGGCACGGAGGACGUCCUGAGGGCGGCCCAGGACCUGGACAGCAUCCUCAAGCAGGGUUACCUGGAGAAGAGGAGCAAAGACCACAGCUUCUUCGGGCCGGAGUGGCAGAAGCGCUGGUGCGUGCUCACCAGGGGCCUGUUCUUCUACUACGCUAAUGAAAAGAGCAAGCAGCCCAAAGGGACCUUCGUCAUGGAGGGCUACAGCAUCCGACUGGCCCCCUACCUGCGCAAGGACUCCAGGAAACAGUGCUGCUUCGAGCUGACCUGCGGCGACAGGCGCAGCUACGAGUUUACAGCCACUAGUCCAGCGGAAGCCAGAGACUGGGUGGAUCAAAUUAGUUUCUUGUUAAAGGAUAUGAGCUCUUCAACCAUCCCAUACGAAGAGGAGGAGGAGGAGGAGGAAGAGGAGGAAGAGGAGGAGGAGGAGCAGGGGGAAGAGACGUAUGAUGACAUUGAUGGUUUUGAGUCCCCGAAUUCUGGUCCCCAGGGCAGACCCUUUAUCUUGCCUGGGAGCAUGGGGACCAAGUCAUCUGCAGAGGAGAAGGAAGAGGAUAUCUAUGAAGUCCUCCCAGAUGAAGAGCUGGAACUGGAAGAGGAGCGUGGGACUCGGCAGAGAGGAGUGGACUAUGCCAGUUAUUACCAGGGCCUGUGGGAUUGCCAUGGUGACCAGCCAGAUGAACUGUCCUUCCAGCGUGGUGACCUCAUCCGCAUUCUGAGUAAGAGUCUGAAACGUAGUGACUUGUUCUCCCGGUCUCCGAAAUCCGCUCCAACCUCCUACAUCCCAGGAACCCCAAAGAGCUGAAUCUGCCACGACCAAGUGGGCAAAGGUGGCAGAAAUCUGACACCCAACAUCUGUACUUAAAAAGCGAAAAUCGGAAUUAAAAAUAUAAAGUGUCCUUUCCGGAUGGGGGCGAGUUGGCCAGAGACUAAAUGUACACCCUUGUCCUGAACAGGACGGCUUUGUUAGACCAGGGCCGGGGACCGGGUCGGCCGGGGACCCUGAUACCCUGGGUGUCAAGGAGAGAAGCCCCGGCCCCAAAUAAGCAACCUCACCCUUGCAAGGUGCGAGAGAAAGGGAGGAGAGAAAGAGGCUGUCCGCCCCUCCCGUGUCCAAUGGAGAGAAUGGAGAUUAAUAAAAAUAAUUCUUUGGAGAAUGAUUCUACUCUAUCCUAGCCUGUUUUGCACCAAACAACCUCAAUAACCUUACGGCAACAGUAGAAUAACUUUUCUUCUUUUUUUUUUCUAAAGGAAGCAGAAGAAGAAGAAAAAAAAAGUCUCUGGAAAUUAUUUUAAAAUAAAAAAUCUCCCGGCCUGCGCCUCCCCCGACCCCUCCCCGUUGCACUCCCGAUGAACCUGUGAUAUUGUAGCAAUGGCCCUUGAAGUGCAGUGGGGAGGUGAUUUAGGAGAAUAUUAAAGGCAAUGUGGAGAUUCGAGGCGCCUCUCUCAGGGAGAUCUGGAGAAAUACGCAGCACAGAUGGGCCGAGCAGAUUAAACAUUUCCCUCACAUUGUUUCCAAAUUGUGUUGUGGCGCCUGAGGCUGGUGCUGCGGUCAGAGCAAAACAGAGCGAUGCAGGGGCUGCGAGCUAGCAAGCGAGCGCGAGGUGCUUUAUGGAAUACAUAUUAAUACGGCGGCGCAGCUCCUUCCGUCCAAAAUGGGGCCAUCUCUAUUGUUCCUGCAUCCUGCGCUUGGCACGGGGCUCCCUCCCAUCUGCAGGGUCUACCUUCACGCUCUCAUCUUUGGAGAAAGUUCCAGUCGAGUGCUGCUUUCUUCUCUCUAGCCUCGCACUCCUGCCCCGUCCCUUCUC